AUGUAAAACAAAGUAGAAAAUUUGAAUUUAGAUAACUUUAAUUAGAAUUCUAGUAAAUACCCAAUAUUGAACAGUCCACGUUCAUUGGAAGCAUGUCGUCGCUAAGGUAUAAACCCUGAAGAUCUUAUCAUAAAAACAUUAGAAGAUAUGAAAGUUUACUUUCCUGACAAAAUUAAAGAUAAAAAGCAUUUAGAAUAAAAGCUUGCUUACUAUGAAGAGAAAAGAAAGGUUAAGCUUUAGCUUGCAAAAGAAGAAAGGACUUUAAUUAAAGAGCAAGAAAAAUAGGGAUUAAUUAUAUUUGAUGAGUUAGGAAAUGCUAAAUACACAGGAAUGACUGGUUCGAAAUUCCAUGGCUCUAAGCAGGGGAACUCUUCAUUAAUAGAAAGAGAAAAGAAAUAGCUCGAAAAAAUUAGAUUUAGACAACAAAAAGAAAUAGAAUAAAUGAUGGACUACGAAAUAAAAAUGUAAGAAAUCAGAUAAUAAAAUGAAGAAAAAAUGAGAAUUGAUUAAGAGAGGGAACAGCAAAGAUAAAGAGAACUUUAAGAAAAACGCAAAAAGUAAGAAGAAAUUAGAAAAUAAAUGGAGCUUGAAAGAUAAAUUAGAAAUGAAGCUGAAUAGCAACGUUUAAGAGAGAAAGAAAUAGAAAUGGAAUAAAGGGACUUAGAAAGAUAGUAGUAAGAAGAGUAAAAAAAGAAAGAACAUUAGUAGUUAUUAUUAAAAAAAGAAGAAGAGAGAAAAAUAAAACAAGAAGAAUUCAAAAAAAGUGUUGAAGAGAAAUUUGAAGCCUAAUAAAGUUUAAUUUUAUCAAAGAAAUAAUAAAUGGAAUAAAAAAAUGAAAUAAGAAAAAAAGUAUUAGAAGAAAAAAAUAGAGUUAGAGCUGAAUAAGCUGAACAAAAGAGACUAUCUUAGGAAAGAAAACUUAAAGCAGCUAAAGAUAAAAGUGAGCAGGAACUCUAAAAAAUAAAAGAUGAGUUUAUGAAGAAAGAAAUGCUCAAUGAAUAAAAGAGAUUAUAAUUUGAAGAAGAAAGACAAAAAAGAAUAGAAGAAAAUAAAUUACAAGCAUAAAAGCACUAGGAACAAAUUGCUGAAGUUCUUGAGAAAAUGAGGAAGUUAGAAGAGGAAAAGAAGAUGAGCUACUUAUACAAAAUAUAAGAAGCUGAAGAGAGAAAAGCAGAACUUGAUAAAAUUGCUGAAGAAGAAAACCAGAAAAAAAAAAUAGAAGAGUAGGAAAAAUAAUAAAAAAGAAUUUAAGUAAAGGAACUAAAUAAUCAUCUCCUAUUUGAAAAAACAUAAAACUAUAUGAACAAACUAAAUCAAAAAGAAGAAAAUGUUACUAAGAUUUAACAAAAGCGUUAAGAAGAAUUAAUGGAUAAAAUAAAUAAUGAUAAUCUUAAGAGAUUUGAUAGAAGAGACACUGUUGAUAGAAUUUAGCGUUAACAUAAUUAUUAAAAGAUGGUUUUAAUGGAAAAAAUCAAUGACAAAAUGCUCAGAGCUACUUCUAUAUAGGAUGAAAGAAGCUAAUUGCUACUUUAAAGGCAGUUUAUGAGAUAGGAAAUUGAAAAAUAAAAAAAACUAAUUGCUAUAAAAAUGGAAAAAGUUAAAUUAGGAAAAAUGAAUCCUAAUGACAUAAUAAAUGAGUUUAAAAGUUCUACUGGUAGUGUACUAUUUUCAGGCUCAAUUGAUAAUUUAAAUAAAACUUAUCCCAAUAAAAGCGUGACAGAAUCACCUUAAAACAAGAAAAGAAAGCUGAUUGAAUCUACAAGGGACAAAAAAGUUUAGACUUCAAUCAAGCCUGUUUCAGUCCCUAAUGAUGCUUCAGAGAAAGAAGUUAACAAAAUCAUAUCUGAGCUUAAGUAAAAGUAAAAUGUAGAAAUGCUUAGACUAUUAGAAGAAGAAUAAGACAAUGAAUACAAGAGAGAAAAGAUGUUGUAAGAAAUAUAAGAUCCCAAAGAAAAAUAAAAAGCAGAAAAAAUCUAUUAAAGUGAAAGAUCAAAAGGAUAAGCUAGAAUAUAAAAGCUAACAGAGUAAUUAAUUUAUUAAAAUAAUUUUUAAAUUAAUAUUUUAUAAUUUUUAAAACAAGUCAACACUUUGAAGAAAUUAUGA